UUUGCUUUCAGUCUUUGACAGGUCUGCUUAAGGUGCCAUGUUUUUUUCUCAACAUUUUGACUCGUUUUCCAAAGUUAGCACCAUAAACAUUUUUAUUUUUCUCUUUUUGUCCUUGGUUUUUCACGGUGUUGGGCUUGAUCCAGAUGAAGUGAAGUCAGUGUCAGUGACGGAGGGGGAAAAUGUCACUAUACCCACUGAUGUUGUCAAACAGAAAGAUGACAAGAUCAAGUGGCAUCAUAGAGCUGAACAUUAUACUGGUGCAAAAGUCCAAGAAAAUGGCUUCGGCAUCAUAUCUCCAGAUGGCAAGAAAUGGAAGAUGAAUAAUCAAACAGGAGAUCUCACCAUCACAAACACCACAACUGAAGACUCUGGAUUUUAUCAACUUAAGAUCAGAAGAAACGACAUUAACACAUAUAAAUACUUCAAUGUUACGGUCUACACUCAUCUCCCUGAUCCUUUCACCACCACAUACUGUUUACCUCGUUCUUCAUCAUCAGAAAGAUGCGUUGUGUUGUGUUCGGUGAUGAAUGUGUCACAUGAUGUGAGUGUCUCCUGGUACAAAGGAAAGAGUUUAUUGUCCAGCAUCAGUGUGUCUGAUCUCAACAUCAGACUCUCUCUACCUCUGGAGGUGGAAUAUCAGGAUACAAACACAUACAGAUGUGUGCUGGACCAUCUCAAGAGAAACCAAACUCAACAUGUCAACAUCACUCAUGUCUGUCAGCCGUGUUCAGAUUCAUAUAACCUGACGUUCAUUGUUUCAAUUAAUCUUGUGAUUUGGAUUAUAUGCAUAGUCAUCAUUCUUGUCUACACAAGAAAACGUGACAUUAAAGCAGUUUGCAGAAGAUUUUCUCAUACUAAAGUAGCUCUGGGUGAUGAAGAAAGUAACUCAAAAUCCAGCAGCAUGUUUGAAGAUGCAGAAGACCAGAAGUGUCUGAACGGGACAGCAGAAAAGCUUUAGUGAUACGUUUUAAAACAUCCACCUGCAGUAUUGACAGACUUCCCACUUACAUUGAAAGAAAACUUAGUUUACCUUCAUAUGUGUCUUUUGUUUAUUUGCAUAUCCUGCCUCUAAAAGUACUCACUUGGACAUUCGUCAUAACGUAUUUUUUUUCAUCUCUGUGGCAUUAUGGAUUGUUUUGUAAAAUGGUCAAGUUCACUUUGUCAUAAUUUGUCACAAAUUUGUUUUCGUUUUUAAUAAAGUGCCAUGUUUAUUAACUAUUACAUUUAUUAAGUUUAAUAAAAUUACUUUAUAAGAUUA